GCAAUCAGUAUAAGGAAAUCUUCAACUGCUGUUGCUUUUCAGUAAGGAUGGACUAAUACGGCUUUUUCGAAUCGAUACGAUAACAACAAGUCCGGCUACGUUUACCAAUCUUACAAGAUCGACGAAAUUGUCAAAGAAUGGGAGUUGUGUACAAACUCAUUGUUCACUCUUUGGGUGGUGGAUGACAACUUUGGGAGUAUCGAAAAUUCAGAGCAGAGUGGAACUCCUCAAAGUGCUGCUUUGGAAAUUGCUUCAUUCUAUAGAGGGUUUGGAACGCCUAAAGAAACAUGGACAUUUCGGAGGUGACUUUUCUUCUGAGGGACAUAAACACAGGAAUGGUUGAAGCAUGGCAGGAAGAAUUUGCUUCGUACAGCAAUACCGUUAAGAUAUCCUGUGGAGACAUUUUCAAAGGGGCUCCUACAGCAGAUGCUAUUGUGUCCCCAGCAAACAGUUUUGGAUUCAUGGAUGGAGGUAUUGACAUGGUCUUCAGCAAUCACUUUGGCUGGCAAAUGCAGCACAGACUCCAAGCAUUUUUGAAAGAGAACCAUGAUGGUGAACUACCUGUAGGUCAAGCUGUGAUCAUUGAGACACUCUCUUCAAAUGACAGUAAAAAGAAGUUUGAAAAUCCUGAGUUUAAUGAAGGAAAACUAAUAAAGUACCUCAUCAGCGCACCAACAAUGAGAAUACCAAUGAAUGUUACUGAUACUGUCAAUGCUUAUCUGGCAUUCAGAGCAGUCAUAAUAGCUGUAAAGGAACACAACGACUCGGCAAAAAACGCCCAGAAUCAAAUCACCAGUGUGUUAUGUCCUGGCCUUGGCACAGCCGUUGGUAAGAUGCCUCACACAAGAUGUGCCUUCCAAAUGCGGCAAGCCUUUGAAAUAUGUGCACUGGAAAAGAAAAAUCCAUUAAAAAAUCCAAAAACUCUGGGGGAUGUGUGGCGGCAUCAUGAAUCCAUGUUGAAGUAUAAAACUAAAUUAUAAGGGGAAGGGGAACAAAGGUAUCUCUCGCAUCAGUGGAUGCUCUUUAUGAAGGAUAGAAACUCCUUGACAAAGUGAAUUGACGCGAAAUAUACGUACUUGCUUGCUGUACAGUAAACGACAUAUUCAAGUAUUGGACGAGGCUUAAUACUUAGGACGUAGAAAAGAUAAAGGACUUGCACAAAGAAGACAUGUAUAGGGCUACAGGCAUGCAUAGCCCGAGUCAGUCUUUCUCUUACUGGAAAAAGGAGCAAGCAAAACUCAGUGAAGGUUAUUCCUCCUCCCACACUCAUCCUCUUGCUCGCCACUUUUCACCACUAACUGGUUGUCCUGGAAACAGGAAAAUGUAUAUGGGAUUUCUUUUUUCGAAGGGGGGACAAGAAGAGGAUUAAUAAGCUGAAAAUGCAGCGUUCUUAAAAUACCUUUACCAUUUGAUAGGAUAGAUAGGAGCAGUUUUCAUUUGGAGUGUCAAAAGUAAUCUAGGAUUAA